AUGGGCAAGAUCAAAUCUCGUUGCAUUCCAGCCUCUCUGCAUUGGUGUAUUUUGGUCGCUGUUGCUGUUUUUUGUUGUUUCAGUCCCGUGAAUGGCAACACUGACCAGAAUGAUUUGAAUGCUCUUCAGGUUUUGUACUCUUCGUUGAAUAAUCCUCCGCAGCUAAACCGUUGGAAGUCAAGUGGGGGCGAUCCUUGUGGAGAGUCAUGGCAAGGGGUUACUUGUCAAGGCUCAGCGGUUACUUCCAUCCAAUUAUCUGGUUUAGGACUCAAUGGAACAUUGGGAUACAUGCUCAACAGUUUUAUGUCUUUGCAGACGUUGGAUUUGAGUAGCAAUAUCAUCCACGAUUAUAUUCCGUAUCAGUUACCUCCGAACCUUACCAGCCUAAAUCUUGCAAACAAUAAUUUGACUGGAAGUCUUCCUUACUCGCUUACUUCCAUGCCUGCCCUUAAUUAUUUGAAUGUCAGCCACAACUCUCUUAGUCAAGGUAUUGGUGACAUCUUCAGCAAUCAUUCUAACCUUGCCACACUGGAUCUUUCAGCUAACAAUUUUUCGGGCGACCUUCCACCAUCCUUUAGUUUAUUAUCAAACCUUUCCACUCUUUACUUGCAGAAUAAUCAAUUAACUGGUUCACUAAAUGUAUUGGUUGGCUUGCCACUGAAUGAUCUAAAUGUGGCAAACAAUCAUUUCACUGGAUGGAUACCCCGUGAGCUUCUUUCAAUACCAAAUUUUAAAUCUGAUGGAAACUCGUUCGAUAAUGGUCCUGCUCCUCCUCCACCACCGUACACCCCGCCUCCCCCGGGUAGACAUCCAUCUCCCGUAGCACCUCAACAUCCUAAGAAUAAACCAUCAAACCCAGAUAAUUCUGGAAAUGGAAAGAAGGGGCUUAAAGCUGGUGCUAUUGUUGGGAUCGUUUUGGGUUCUGUUUUGGUGGCUUUCCUGGUGCUAGUGGCUCUUGUUUUUUGCCUUAGGAAGGGUAAAAAGAAAGAAAUUGCAGCCAGACCUUCUUCUGGAAGUCUUUCUACUGGCACGGGUAUAGUGAAUAAAGAAAUGCAAGAACAAAGAGCAAGAACUACAGCAACUGCCGUAGAUUUGAAGACCCCUCCUGCAGAGAAAGUGGCAGUUGAAAAAAUACCUGGAAGGAAUGGAUCAAUGAAAAGAGCUAAAUCCCCAAUCACCGCAACAUCUUAUACUGUUGCUGCUCUCCAGACCGCAACAAAUAGCUUUACUCAAGAAAAUAUUAUUGGUGAAGGUUCACUUGGACGUGUUUAUAGGGCUGAAUUUCCUAAUGGAAAGAUCAUGGCAAUAAAAAAGAUCGAUAGUGCAGCAGUAUCCCUGCAGGAGGAAGACAAUUUCCUUGAAGCCGUCUCGAAUAUGUCACGCCUGCGGCAUCCAAAUGUAGUUCAGCUGGCAGGAUAUUGUGCAGAGCAUGGCCAGCGUCUUCUUGUUUACGAUUAUAUUGGAAAUGGUAGCUUGCAUGAUAUGCUGCACUUUGCUGAUGAGAGAAGCAAGUUGCUGACGUGGAAUGCACGAGUCAGAGUAGCACUUGGCACAGCUAGAGCUCUAGAGUACUUGCAUGAAGUGUGUCUGCCUUCAGUUGUACAUAGAAACUUGAAGUCAGCAAAUAUAAUGUUGGAUGACGAGCUCAAUGCACAUUUGUCAGACUGUGGCCUCGCUGCCUUAACACCCAACACUGAGCGACAGGUUUCUGCAGCCCAGAUGGUGGGUUCAUUCGGUUAUAGUGCCCCUGAAUUUGCUUUAUCUGGCAUAUACACUGUAAAAAGUGAUGUGUACAGUUUCGGUGUGGUAAUGCUGGAGCUCUUGACAGGUCGCAAGCCACUUGAUAGUUCAAGGGUAAGAUCAGAACAAUCACUUGUGAGAUGGGCCACUCCUCAACUUCAUGAUAUAGAUGCCUUGGCCAAAAUGGUUGAUCCUACUCUAAAUGGGAUGUACCCAGCCAAAUCGUUGUCCCGUUUUGCUGAUAUAAUCGCACUUUGUGUUCAGCCUGAACCCGAGUUCCGACCUCCCAUGUCAGAAGUUGUACAAGCCCUGGUGCGGUUGAUGCAAAGGGCAACUUUUGUUACCCGGCGAUCCAGCGAAGAAUCAGGUUUUUCAUACAAGACUCCAGAUCACGAGGCAUAUGACAUUUCAUAA